AUGAGAUUCGGCCAGCAGCUCAAGCAAUCGCUGAACCGUGAUUGGGUCUUCAAUUACAUCGACUAUGAGGGUCUCAAAGCGACGCUGCGUUCACCUCGCGCCUGGGACCACAAGACGGAGCAGAGCUUCAUAGAGCAAUUGGAGGGCGAGCUGGACAAGGUCUACACCUUCCAGAAAGUCAAGGCCGAAGAGAUCAUUCGCCGCAUCGCCGCGUCCGAGAAGGAAGUCAAUCAUGUCGUGGGCAAGGUCGACAGCAAUACUCUUGCGCCGGGCGAGGAAUCGCCGUCCGAGGAGGACUUCGAGCUGCUCGAGGAGGACCUGAGCGACAUCAUUGCCGACGUGCACGAUCUGGCCAAGUUCACCCAAUUGAACUAUACGGGCUUUCAGAAGAUCAUCAAGAAGCACGAUAAAGUCACCGGCCUCGCGCUCAAGCCCGUUUUCGCGACCCGUCUCAAGCAGAAACCCUUUUACCAGGACAACUACGAUGCUUACGUUGUUAACCUCUCCAAGCUCUACGAUACCGUGCGAACGCGCGGCAACCCGGUAAAAGGCGAUUCGUCUGCUGGAGGCAAGCAGCAGAACUUUGUCCGCCAGACGACCAAGUACUGGGUGCACCCGGACAACGUGCUUGAGCUUAAGCUCAUCAUCCUGAAGCACCUGCCUGUAUUGGUCUUCAAUGCCAGCAAAGCGUGGAGUGAGGACGACACUGCCAUCUCUUCAAUCUACUUCGACAACACAGAUACGUGGGAGCUAUAUGAGGGUCGUCUCAAGAAGACCGAAGGUGCCGAAGCCAUCCGCAUACGUUGGUAUGGGGGCAUGUCUACCGAGACCGCCUUCAUUGAGCGCAAGACGCACCGAGAGGACUGGACAGGCGAAGAGUCGGUCAAGGCCCGCUUCAAGCUCAAAGAGAAGAACGUUAAUGCCUAUCUUCGUGGCGAGCUUACCCCGGAACAAAUCUUCGAAAAGGAGCGCAAGGAACAGAAGAGGCCUGAAAAGGACAUUGCGUCAGAUGAACAGCUGGCGAGAGAGAUCCAAUAUCGUGUUCUUACCCGCAAACUCGAGCCCGUUACCCGCUCCUUCUACCACCGUACUGCCUUCCAGCUUCCCGGCGAUGCCCGUGUGCGCAUAUCGCUAGACACCGAGCUCGCCAUGACGCGCGAAGACAACUUAGAUGGCCGCCAGCGUUCUGGAGAUAACUGGCGCCGAAUGGACAUUGGCGUCGACUGGCCAUUCAAGCAACUUCCGAAGGAAGAUGUUGAGCUCUUCCCUUAUGCUGUCCUCGAGGUCAAGCUCCAGACCCAGGCCGGCCAGGACCCACCAACAUGGAUUCGCGACCUAACAUCGUCCCAUCUUGUCGAAGCCGUGCCCAAGUUCUCCAAGUACAUUCACGGAACCUCUGUCCUUCAGCCCGAGCGCAUCAAGCUCGUCCCAUACUGGGCACCGCAGAUGCACGUCGACAUUCGCAAACCUGUUAGCCACAAGUUCGGCAUCGAAAGACCUGGCGCCAGCAACGACAUUAGUACUAGUGGUAACCUGGAAGAUGAUAGCGAUGAUGAGGAUGCAGUCGCAGACCUACCGCCUGCACACGAUGGCAACCACGAUGAUGAAGACCUUAGAAGACUUCGCGAGGCGCGCGAUAUCCAGGAACAAAACGAUCUUGACCGCCGUCGUGAUUAUGGUACAAUUGGAAACGGCGAUGGCCCCAACGCGCUGGAUGUGGAGGAGCGCAUCUCUGCACAGCAGAUCUACAAUAGUGAUCACCCAAUAUACGACUCUGAUAGCGACGAUGAGGACGAGCUGGAUGAAGCUCGGCAACAGGGCGGUUGGCAGUAUCACUCUUUGGUGGUCAAGCAAAAGGCGAAAGAGUUCAGCAAUACGGUGCUUAACGGCCUGAUCGCCAUCAUUCCAAGGCCUAGAGCGACCGACGUUGGCGACGGUGGCUUCCAGCUCGGUGUGCCCAGCUGGAAACAGCCCGGAGAAGUCAAGCACUUCAAAGCUCCCAAAGGAAAGCGCAUCCACGUUCCCGUCCGCGUUGAACCCAAAGUCCAACUCGCCACCGAGCGCACCUUCCUCUCCUGGCUUGAAUUCAGCAUCCUCCUCGGGUCCAUCGCUGCCACGCUGCUCAACUUCGGCGAUGGCCUCGCGCUUGCGGCUGCGUGGGCUUUCACCAUCAUUGCGUGCUGCGCCUUGCUCUACUCGGUUGGCUUGUACCUGUGGCGUGUGAACAUGAUUAAGAAACGAAGAGCUGUCACGUAUCACGAUAAGGUUGGUCCGACGCUGCUCUGCUUAGGGCUUUUUGCGGCUGUAGCGGUGAGCUUUGGGUUUAGGUUAGGGGUUGGUGGAUUGAAUGGGGGUAUAAAGGGGUGA